AUGAAUCACUCCUAUGUUUUCGGCGGAGAGGACAUGUCAAAAUUCGCAAGUGAUGACGUAGCAGGUCUGAUGGCGCUGCAUAACUAUGCGUACGAUAUUGACCAGUCCGGCCCUUCGCAUGACCAAGGGGGUGCCGUCGAUGGCGAGGAAUCUACAGAACUAGAAUUCAAAGCAGAGAAUCAAACUAAUGCUGUAGAUGCUGAAGGUGGUCAAGAAAUUGUUGAACAGGGACAGGAGCAACAGGAGCACCAAACUACAGACAAUAACCUCUUUGAAUUCGAUGAUUUAUUCAACCUGACUGGCUCACCAGACCGGAUGUGUGACGCCGAUCUAGCUCCAAAGAACCCUCAGACACAUAAUUUUGAGAACGCCCAGGCUUCAUCUUUUUCUGAAGUGGCCUACAAUACUAGUCCAGUUCAAUCGAGCAAGCAGUUCCGGACACCUCAGUCAGCUACUACAGAUGGAACUGGAGAGCUAAAGCAAUCACCGCAUGAUCACAAUGCAGAUUUGGACACUGAGAAUGUAGAUGACCGGACUUUUUACGAAGCAUUUGCAGCCUAUACUGCCGGCCCGCAAGUUGAGCCCCCACAACCGUACCCAAAUCAGAAUAACAUGAAUCCUGGGGUAACUCAAGAUUUGCAAACAGCCACUGGCCAUUCUACUUCCAAUGUGUACAGCUCAUCGCCCCCUUAUGACCAGGCUCCUGGAAACCCUGCCAUAGCCCGACCAGCGCUUAUGACAUGGAGUCUCCAGAAUGAUCCAAGCCGCAAUGAUGGUCCUGUUGAGAUCAAGGACGAAAGGCAGAAUUAUAAAGACCCUAGCGAUACAGUCACCCUGCAGUUUUCCUCCUCAAAAGAAGCCAAUGACUAUCGCCCAGAUAGGCGGCCUAUGCCAUUUGAUCCUACCAUUCCACGAACUACCUAUGAGCGGCAGGAGUGCGUUAUCAAACUUAUAAAGGCUAUGAGGAGUUUUGAAUGCGCUACAGAUAAUUGGGGAAUGAUUAAGCCCUUUGCGACUAAAAAAUUUAGUGACAGAAAGAUUGAAAUAUGCUGUUGGAACAUUUUAGAUUGCUGUAUUGUGCGACAAGAAGCUGGGCCUUUCCUUACACCAGAAGAAGAAGCUUUGAAAAACAAAACUAGAAAGAAUAAGCAGAACUUCGCAGAGCGUUUUGGCGAUAUGCUUAGAAUUUUGAGGGUUCGAUACUUUUUCCUUGCUCUCUGA